AUGGAGCAAACAUUCCUGGAGCUGUUGGUACUCCCCGGUGUGGACGGGGAGCAGAGGUUUGUGAACAAAUGGUUCCUUGCUAGCAAAUUGGAAAAUACAACUGUUGGAUUCUUCAUUGACAUGGAACGUAACAGGUCCUUGCAUGUGGACGCCAGGCGAUGCUUCUCAAAGGCCGGCGCGCCCUGCCUCGCAUUACUGAUCCCGGCACCUCUGCCCGGCAGCUCUGGAGAAAGAGGCCGUCCUGUGUGCUCAGGAACAGCCAGUGAUGCGCAGGCCUCAGGGCUGUGGGACUGGCUUCAGCGAUCUAGAAACCGAGGCCCCAGGAGAAGUGACCUGACACAGGGCAGCAAUGGCACCCCCUGCAGUGAGCUGUCCACCUUAGGAGUUGCCCGGAGUCCCCCUGCCUUGGACAGCCUCCCACCCAUCCCCAAGGCCCUCGCCUCUGCCUGGGACUCUGCCCACGCCUCCUGUCCCUGCCAAUCGACCCGGCCCCUUGGCCUGGACGAUAACUGCUCAUCUUUAAGACCUUCCCUGCCCAGGUUAAGCCUGCUCCGGGCCCCUGCCAUUCUCUGGACCUCCUCAUCAUACGCCCACCCGCUGCUGGAAUCCCGCCGUAGCGCCAUCUUCCCCAGGGGCUCUCGGCUCACGCCUGCCGCUCUCAGCACAGUGCCCACGGAUAAAGGCGCCAAUGCGUGUUUGGUUCUCGCUGAUCUUGUCCCUUUCUUUUACCUGGUGGCGCAAGUUACAUGGUCCCUAGUGUUCCCACCUUGCCUUGCCCCUGAACGGGGCUGGAGGAAUGGCUCUCCCCCCUUCAGACAGGCAGCAAGAAGUCAGCCGUGUUUCUACGAGAGCCAGGCUGCAAGACGUGUUCCGCCUAAAGAUCGUGCCCACUCUCUCGCUGCCCCUCCCCGCCCAGCCACGCUGCGGGCCCCAAGACUGCAGAACGCAGGACAGCGCCUUCCGGGUCCCCGGCGCCUGCUCUCGGUCAGCCCCCGAGCACCUGAGCGUGUCCUGCAGCCUGGGCUGCAGCUGGCUCUGGACUCGUCCUCGCACCUGGGACGCUCUCCUGCCCCCAGCGACACGCUCUCUCGAGGAGGGCACGACCUAGAUUUCCCGCAUCCCCAGCUCUGUCCCGCGAACACGACUGUGGUAUAA